UAGAAAUUAAAAAUAUACGUUUAUUUAUUGUACUUAUUCGAUAUUUAUAUAAAUAUAUAAGAAAAUUUGUAAACAUGAGUUCUCAUCACUGUUUAACAUCUUCUGAAGAAGUCGAACACACAAAUUUACUCUCUGAGGAUAUCGGUGCUCUUCAUCUUUCAAAUAAUUAUACGGAUGUAACGCUAGUAGUUUCAGGCCAAAAAUUUAAUGGUCACAAAAUAAUUCUAGCAGCUAGAAGUCAAUAUUUUCGAGCUCUCUUAUUUGGUGGUUUGAAGGAAUCGUCUCAGGAAGAGAUUGAAUUAAAAGGUCCAUCUUUGGCAGCUUUUAAAAAAUUAUUUCAAUACAUAUAUACUGGUCGUAUGUCUCUUGCUAAUCAACGUGAAGAGGUAAUUGUUGAUAUUCUCAGUUUGGCGCAUCAAUAUGGAUUUUUAGAGCUUGAAACUUCUAUAUCAGAUUAUCUUAAAGAAAUUCUUAGUGUAAAGAAUUUUUGUCUUAUAUUCGAUGCAUCACGUCUUUAUCAACUCGAAUUUUUAACCAAGGUGUGUUAUGAAUAUGUGAACAAACACGCUAUAGAAAUUAUACAACAUGACAGUUUUUUACAAUUAAGUUCUUCAGCAAUAAACGAACUUAUUUCGUCUGACUCAUUUUACGUGCCUGAAAUUGAUAUAUUCUUAACCGUAAAAGAAUGGAUCGCAGCAAAUCCUGAUGUGGAUCCAACUGAAGUUUUAGGAAAAAUAAGAUUAAGUCUUAUCUCUUUGACCGAUUUAUUAAGCAUUGUGAGAUCAACUAAAUUGGUAUCCUCCGAAGCUAUUUUAGAUGCAAUAACAGCAAUAACCGAAAGACCUUCAGAACUUCCUUUUCGAGGGCAAAUGUUGGUAGAUGAAAAUGUUGCUCGUGCAAUUUAUGGGGCUCAAGUUCUACAAGGUGAAAUGCGAAGCUACCUUUUGAACGGUGAUAAUCGUAAUUACGAUAUGGAACGCGGGCAAGUAUAUACGAGACAUUCAAUAACAGAUACACAGGAACAUGGUAUAUUAAUUAAAUUAGGUACUCAAUGUAUAAUAAAUCAUAUGAAGAUGUUACUCUGGGAUAGAGAUUUACGUUCAUAUUCCUAUUACAUCGAGGUAUCUAUAGAUCAAAAACAUUGGACGAAAAUUAUCGAUUAUGCGGAAUACUUUUGUCGUAGUUGGCAGUAUUUAUACUUUGAACCGAGGGUUAUGCUUUAUAUUCGUAUCGUUGGCACAAAUAAUACUGUGAAUAAAGUAUUUCAUGUUGUAAGCUUUGAAGCGUAUUAUACAAAUCAUACAGAAAAAUUAUCUAAUGGAUUUAUCAUUCCGAAACGAAAUGUUGCUACACUGCAGCUUAGUGCCAGUGUUACGGAAGGAGUGAGUAGAUUUCGCAAUACUUUACUAAAUGGUAAUAUAUCAGAUUAUGAUUGGGAUAGUGGAUAUACCUGCCAUCAAUUGGGUUCAGGCUCUAUCUCAAUACAAUUAGGGCAACCCUAUAUCAUAGAUUCUAUGGGAUUAUUACUUUGGGAUUGUGAUGAUCGGUCAUAUUCUUAUUAUAUAGAAGUGUCCGGUAAUAAUUCAACUUGGGAUAGAAUAAUCGAUAAGACUAGAGAACAGUGUCGUUCUUGGCAAAUACUUCAUUUUUAUCCACCUAGACCUGUUGUUUUUAUACGUAUAGUUGGAACUCAUAAUACAGCAAAUGAGGUAUUUCAUUGUGUGCACUUCGAAUGUCCUUCUCAAGCUGAAGAUAAAAUUCAAAAAUCACCAAUGAAUCGUGGAAAAAUGUUGACAGCUCAUUCAAGUAAUGCUACUUUACCAGUUGCAUUUGAAAUACCUUUUAGACUAGUAGAAGACAAAUUUCCGGAUGAUGUGAAUUCGUCUGAUAGUUCUAUUUUAGAUGCGGAACUUUAAUAUCAUUUAAUAUAUGCAUUACAGCAUUUUCUCUCGUGUGAUAAUAGCGUCCAGCAAAAACUUGUAAGACUAUAUAGAUUAAGUAUAAUAUUUAUAAGAGUUUAACAAUAUAAUAACACAAUGC